UCUUAACAAAACAUCGACUUUUUUUCUUUUUCCGAUUGAAUGGGAGCGAGAUGUCAAUUUAUUCUGACGAUCAUUGUCCUAAUCCCUUUUUUUCGGGGGUAUAUAAGGACCCCAUAAAUUUUUUCCGUUUAUUCCUCGGUGGUGACUUUCAGUGCAAUAUGAAUCCUCUGGUGAAAAUCAUUUUAUUUCUACCGGCGAUUUUGCAAUUAGCAAAUGGGGAAUUUUGCUUGCCGAUGUUGAAAACCGUUGGGGAGGCUGAAUCGGCGAUGAUUUUACCUGGGAGAAUUCGAAAAUGGGAUCCAUAUACUAAAGAAUUUGUUCUUCUCGAGGCACUUAAAAAAGAUGGUGAAUUAUUCUGCAGUGUUGAUUUUUUAAGUCGAGCGGAUCUUCAGGGGAGAACAAUCGUCGUGGCUGUUCAUUCAAGCCCUUACGUUCGAGUUCAGGGUAAUUACACGGGAGUCAGUGGAUACCUCGGAGAUAUCUGGAUGAACUUGGAGGAAACCCUGAAGUUCAAAUCGAUCUUCACGAAACCUGGACCGACCAACAGAAAAACUCUUACCAACGGAACUAUCGAUGUUCUCUUAGAGGCGAACGCCAUCGCCACAUACACCGCUGGACACUACACAUACAGUUACCAAGUCAUCACGAACUCAUAUGCAUUAUUCGCGUUAUCAGAAGGUACGAGAGUAUCGCUGUGGUGGUAUGCCAAGAUCUUUAGUCGUGGUCUCUGGGCCAUGACCUCACUCUUUCUUAUCGGUAUAACGUGCAUGCUUGUGGGAAUGUACAGAAUAAAAAAAGCCACCUGUCAUGAUUACAUCGAGUGUAAUGACGAAUUAGAUGCUGUAUCACUGGAUUUGUUGUGCGUACUCGGUGGCAUUACGGGUCAAGGUUUUCAGAUGAUGCCAUCGUCGCUGUCACUCAGGAUAGUGAUGAUAACGUCGUUGGUGAUGGGUCUUCUCAUAUCCAGUGGAUUUUCUGGAAAUUUAACGUCAUAUCUUGCAUCUCGGGGUAGUUUUGCACCCCUGCAGUCACUCCACGAUGUCGCCCAGAAAAGAACUCAUUCACUCUGCAUGAGAACCAAUAGUCUCAUUUAUAAUGAUCUUAUGCAAUCGGUUUUGGGCACUGGUCUCGCUCUGAAGGGCCUCAUUAAUACGGGAAAUUGUCCACAGGAUAUGAGGGGCAUCAAGGAUUUGUGCAAGUCUGAUGUUAUCUAUAUGGAAGUGCCUGAUAUUUUUAUUGAUGCUUAUCGACAGUCUCAGCAGAGCUGCAAGAUCAUUCAGCUACCUGGUGAUUACUGGGGAUUGAGAAUUUCUUUCUUAUUCGCUAGGUUCUCACCUUAUCGACAGGUUAUCAACACAUACUUGAUGAAGCUCCACUCGUCAGGGGUUUUUGAUUAUCUCGAGAGAAAAUGGAUAUCUAGGGAGUUGCUUGACGAAGUUCAUCAGAAAUUUGAUUUUCAAGCUGUUGAGCAUGGCCAUAUAAUAAUAAUAUUUCUGGGAUUGUGUUCCAUGAUUUUGAUAAGUGCAUUGAUCUGCAUUAUCGAGGUGAUAUGGUACAGGAUACGAUUGAGAUGUGAUCGAGAGCAGAAGAUCAAACGACGGAUGAAGAUGCUGAAUAAAUUGGCGGACGGACAUUUCCCCAGGAAAUCGUAUCCGCGAAUUUUUCCUGAAUAAUUAAAAUUGGGGAUCGAUUUACUGAUCUUUUAAAGCAA